GUAAUUAUAAUUGUAAUUGUAAUCAAGUUGAGCAUAUAAAGAAACCAGCAAGUUGCAAGAUAAUUCCACGGAUAUUGUUAAUAUAUAUACACCCAUUGAGAAGAAGUUUAUUCAUCCUUAUUUCAUCAUGUAUUUGCCCUUCCUAUAUCUCUUCCCUUUGGUUACACUCUCUUAUUCUCUGCAUGCUGCUACGGUUUCUUCUUCACAAAGUGUUUUAGCCCAAGGCUCAUCACUCUCUAUUGAAAAGAAAGACCACUUAGUUUCACCAAAUGGCCUUUUCACAGCAGGUUUUCACCAAAUUGGGCAAAAUGCUUAUUGCUUCGCGAUAUGGUUUACGCAGCCCUUGAUAGACGGAAACCACACAUUGGUUUGGAUGGCAAAUAGAGAUGAACCCGUCAACGGAAAGCGCUCCAAGUUUUCGUUGGGAAAAAAUGGAAAUCUUGUUCUAACGGAUGCUGGCCAAAUAUUUUGGACAAGUAACACAAAUUCAAAGUUUCCUGUGGAACUUAAACUACUUGAUUCGGGUAACCUUGUUCUUACCCACAUAGACAGUACGUCAUAUAUUUGGCAAAGCUUUAGUUCUCCCACUAACACCAUACUUCCCAAUCAGCCUUUUACCAAAGAUACUUCUCUUACAUCUUUAAGAAGUUUAACAAACUUUUCUUCUGGGUUUUAUAAACUUUAUUUCGAUAAUGACAACGUAAUCAAACUUCUGUACAACAGAGAUGAAGUCACCAGUGUCUUUUGGCCUAGCCCUUGGUUACUACCAACGUUAGCAGGAAGGUCCACUUACAACAAUAGUAGAUUUGCUUCGCUUGAUUCGAAAGGCCGUUUCUGGUCUUCGGAUAGUUUUACUUUUCUUACCAGCGAUUACGGCAAAACACUUCAAAGAAGACUGACGCUUGAUGUUGAUGGUAAUGUUAGAGUUUACACACUUAACAAAAGAAGGUGGAUUGUUUCAUGGCAAGCUUUUUCAAAAACAUGUGACGUUCAUGGGAUUUGUGGUCCAAACAGCCUUUGUACCUACAAUCCGGAAACGGGUAGGACAUGUUCGUGUAUGCAUGGGUACAAGGCGAAGAACCACUCAGAUUUGUCUUUUGGGUGUGAACCUACGUUUGAUCUUACUAAACAUCCUGAAAAUUUUGACUUCAUAAGGCUCCCUUCCGUCGAAUUUUACGGAUUUGAUUCUCUGUACAUAUCACGUUCUAAUUUCAGUGAAUGCCAGAAAGCCUGCUUGGAUGAUCCCAACUGUAAAGCCUUCCAAUUCAACUCUGACCAAGGAAAUGCCGCUAAUUUUCUCUGUUAUGUCAAGACUUUGUUGUACAAUGGCAUCUACAUGAAUGGUACACCUUUCAUUACUUAUCUUAAGCUUCCUAAGACUAAUGUAUUAUCAUAUAAUCAAAAGGUUGCAAAUGAGUCAAAAUUGGAAUGCUCAACUUCCAUAAUAAAGCUAAAACGACCAUAUGAUAUAAAACAUGCAAACGGGUCCCUCAAGUUCAUGUUUUGGUUUAGCAUCAUCCUAGGUGGAAUUGAAGUCUUAUGCUUUCUAUUCUUUUACCAUAUCACCAAAAAACCUUCAAGAAAAACCACUCAAGCCUACCUUGCAACUGCUACUGGAUUCAAAAGAUUCACAUAUGUUGAAAUAGUGAAAGCUUCUCGUAAAUUUAGCGAGGAGAUUGGGCAAGGUGGUGGUGGUAUUGUGUACAAAGGAAAACUUCCAGACAAUCGAGUGGUGGCGAUUAAGGUACUCCACGAUGCGAUCCAAGGAGAGGCAGAAUUUCUAGCAGAGAUGAGCACAAUUGGAAGAAUAAACCAUAAGAACUUGAUAGAAAUAUAUGGUUAUUGUGCUGAGGGAAAACAUAGGAUCUUGGUGUAUGAGUAUAUGGAGAAUGGCUCAUUGGCUCGUAACUUGUUAGGUGCUAGCCAGCUUGGUUGGCAGAAGCGAUAUGAAAUUGCAAUUGGUGUGGCAAAAGGGCUAGCUUAUUUACAUGAAGAUUGCUUGGAGUGGGUUUUGCAUUGUGAUGUUAAACCACAUAACAUAUUGCUAGAUGCUGAUCAUAAUCCAAAGGUGGCUGACUUUGGCUUGUCUAAGUUAUUCCAUCAAGAUGUAAAAGAAGAUUCCAAAGUUUCAAAAAUAAGAGGGACUAGAGGGUAUAUAGCUCCAGAAUGGGUGUUUAAUCUUCCAAUUACUUCGAAAGUGGAUGUUUAUAGCUAUGGAAUGGUAGUGCUUGAGAUGAUAACAGGACGAAGUCCCACAUGUGAUCAAACAACCUAUUAUGACGAGAUUGUUGAGCAAAAGAGGCUAGUAGAUUGGGUGAGGGAGAAGGUCCACGAGGCUCACGGAAAUUUGACAACAACACAACUCAUGGAGAUAUUGGAUCCUAAGUUGAAUCAAGAAUUUGAACAUGUUCAAAUGAAAAAUCUUCUUAGAGUGGCUCUACAAUGUGUUGAGGAAGACAAAGAUGCUAGACCAACCAUGAGCGAGGUUGUGAAGAUUCUUCUCGACUUGGGCAUAGACUGUUAGCUAGAGUCAUACUCAUGGCUAACUAAUUAUGCAUUUUUUCUUCUUUAAAAUAUGAGUUGAGACGAGUUCUAUUUCUUCAAAGCAUCAAGUGGUCAAACAAUUAUGAUAAAAGCAUUAUAAAACAUUAUAGAACAUUUGGUGAGAUGGCUUUCGAAUUUAAGUUAUUUUCUUGCUUUCGUAGCUUUUUGUAAUAUAUUUUGAAU